UAUACGCUACCAUCUGUCGCUGAAGUCACGCACGUUUUAGCCUUAAUCUAGUAAAUGCUAGUCAAUUGGUGGAUUAAAGAUAUAAAUAUAUCUUUAUAUGAAUAAUAAAAAAUGGGAAAAUAUUUCUUAAAAUUUUCCUUUAUUGGAACAUUAUAUAGAGGAUUGCAGAAACAUUCAAAUAGGAAUAUUCUUGAUAGUGACUCUAUCCAAGGUGCUAUAGAAACAGGCUUACUAACUUUAUAUCCAAAACCUGUAUCAAAGCCAAGAUUAUAUUUAACUAGCAGAACUGAUUCAGGUGUACAUGCAUUAUAUACAAUUGGUCAUGUAACAUUGGAAAAUAAAUAUAAUGUUUUAUAUAAUUCAGAAGAGAUAAUAAGACAACUUAAUCGUUUUUUUGGAAAAACUUCACAUUUUAUUAGAAUAUUAGAAUGUAUUCCAGUUAUAGAUGAUUUCUAUAGCAAGAAAAUAGUUACAUCAAAAACAUAUAUAUAUAGGUUUAUGAUAGCUAAAAAAUAUGGUGAACAAAGGAUACCUAUAAUAGAAACAUGUCAUACUUACCAUGUAAGAUCUGAGACUUUUGAUAUAGAAAGAAUGAAACAAGGUACACAACUUUUCAUGGGUCUUAAAGAUUUUAGAACAUUUGCAGCAAAUUCAAAAAAACUUAUAAAUGUUAAAUAUGUGCGCAAUUUAAAUAACUUAACUAUAGAAAAAGCACAACCUUUAAUGUCUUUUGAUGAACUAUCUACAAAUUUUGAUUAUUGGCAUAUUGUAAUUAGUUCUAGGGGUUUCUUAUAUAAUCAGGUUAGACGAAUAGCAACAGCAUUGCUUGGAUUAGCAACUGGAAAUAUAAAUGAAAAAGAUAUAAAUACAAUGUUACAAGUUCCGUCAAGUGAAAAUUGGAAUCAGCAUUUAAAGAUCUUGCCACCACAUGGAUUAUAUCUUGUAAAAGUAGAUUAUGAUUUUGAUACAUUAGAAAAAUUUACGAUAAAGGAUAAAUCUAAUGAAUUAAACAUUGAUAAAUAUAUUCUUGGUAGAAGAUACGAAGUUGUAAAUGGGAUAAAGAAAGAAUUAACACAAGGUUUACCAUUUGUUCUUGAUGAAAAGCCUGAUAUGCAUAUUGCUUUUAUUAUACAUGGUUUAUUUCUUAGUUCACAAGAUCCUGCUGUCAGUAUAGAAAUACUUAAGAAAUAUAACAUAAAACAUAUUUUAAGUGUCGGUAUUAAUUUGAAUCUUAAAUUUAAUAACAUAGAAUAUUAUCAGUGCGAGUUACUAGAUUUGCCAGAAUCAGAUAUAUUCUUACCAGUAAAAACAUGUAUUAAUAUAAUACACCAAAAUCGUCAUGAAAAUAUUCUUGUACAUUGUAAUGCAGGAGUGUCCCGCUCACCAACUAUUGUUAUUUCUUAUUUGAUGGCUUUAGAAAAUCUUUCAUAUGAUGAAGCAUACGAAAAAGUUAAAAGUAAAAGAAAUUGUAUCAAACCUAACAGUGGAUUUGUUCAACAAUUAAGAAAAUUAAAUGUAUCAGAUUUACUAGAAUAAGAUUAAAAUAUGAAAUUACAUAUUGGGAGAGAAAAGAAAAACUCCUGUGUAACAAUAAAUCAGUUAUGUAGUAUAUUCUUACAAUAAAAUUCACGUGUUUUGACAUUA